GAGAGAGACAGAGGAGGGAGAGAGAGCAAGUCCUGACCCGUGGUAGACUAAACCACUUCUAACUAUGAGUCCCUCGUCUACCAGCCUACUGUACAAUAAAUAACUCUAUAGACUCAGGGACAAAGAGGACAUUGCUAAAGCCCCGGCCUACUGCUGCGUGGUGGGCAUCCGGGCAGUGCAUGCACGAAUACAUGCUCCAGCUCAAUUGGACCUCUCACAUGCUCUAUCUAGUACGAAUAGGAUAUAUUCACUACAUUAAGUCACAGCAGUUCCCCUGCUCUGGGGGAAGAGAGGAGAAGGGUGGGAUGAGGAGAAAAGACGGAUAAAGUGUGUUCUGACGGGAGUUCUGACUGAUGGAUGCGUGUUGUCAUCUAUUCUAUGAAGUAAAGCGACAGAUACAGAGAGCGUUGCUGGGAGAUGGUAUUCACCUGACAAAGACAUCGGCCGUUAGGCUACCCUCCUGACCGCAGUACUAGCCUGCAGAGAAACCUCGGUAUAGGUUACCUGAUCUAACGAGGAACCGGAUCGGUGUGACAUUAGGGACACAUACGCGAAGAAAGAACUUCCCCCGUUUCUCAGCUGCAAGUCAACGGUAUCACUUUGGCUUUCAUCCCGCCUUGAACCUCUUAAAAACCGUAAUUUAGAGCCAACCGCUGUUGACACGAGCGCUUUGCGGACGGUUCAACCAAGGACAGCAGAGGUUUGAACGGGGAUCUGAAGACACGUCGGACAGAGAGACAUGUAUCUAACAUCGACCUCAUAUGCACCCGACUGACAAACACACAAGCCACAGAAGAAAGCGGUAGAUAGCGGCUACUGCACCGCCACGCGCACGGCGGGUCCGGUGCUCUCCCCGGCUCACUCUGUCUCCCGGUUGUGAGAAUGGCAGGGGUCGCGUGUUGGAAAUGUUACCUCUGGAUCUUUAUUGUCGUCUUUUGGUCGACGUUACCUUCUGACGCCAAAUCACUGGAGACUAUCAUGUGGAGCACUCAGAAUGCCAAGUUCCUGUCAGGUAGAGGGGUGGUCAUCUACCCAGAUAUCGGGGACAAGCUGGACAUUAUCUGCCCCAAGGCUGAGCCAGGACGAGACUAUGAGUUCUAUAAGCUGUACCUGGUCAGGAGAGAGCAGGCGGAGGGGUGCAGCACGGUCAUGGACCCCAACGUACUGGUCAACUGUAACAAGCCAGAGAAGGACAUCAAGUUCACCAUCAAGUUCCAGGAGUUUAGUCCCAACUAUAUGGGCCUGGAGUUUAAGAAGAACAUGAAUUACUACAUCACAUCCACAUCCAAUGGUUCAGUCGAAGGCCUGGAGAACAGAGAGGGAGGAGUCUGUAAGACCAAGGCCAUGAAAGUGGUUAUGAAGGUCGGACAAGACCCCAACACUGUUCUACCAGACCCUGUAUUACCAGAAGAACCCGAGAGAGGGAAGGACAACGCUCUGGGAGGAGACUUCAGUCCUAGCCCUGAGGACAACCAGCUGCCUGAAGCAGGAGAGCCGGGCAACACUGACUCUAUAAACCAGGACAACAGGUCAGGAGGUUCCAGCAGCAGUGACAGCAUCCUGGGGUCAAAGGUUGCUGUGUUUUCAGCCAUCGGAGCUGGCUGCAUCAUCUUCCUCCUCCUCAUCCUCUUUCUCGUCAUCCUGCUCAUCAAGAUGAGGAAGAGAGUCCAGAAGCACUCUCACGCCCAGCCACACCCCUCCACCAUGGCACUCAGCACGCUGUCCAAUCAGAGCAAGCUGCCUGGCAGCGGGGGCACAGCCGGGACGGAACCCAGUGACAUCAUCAUCCCGCUGCGGACGGAGAAUAACUACUGCCCUCACUACGAGAAGGUGAGCGGUGACUACGGACAUCCUGUUUAUAUCGUACAGGAGAUGCCUCCACAGAGCCCAGCAAACAUCUACUACAAGGUCUGAGAGAGGAGGAGAGGAGCGAGCAUCUACUACAAAGUCUGAGAGAGGAGGAGAGGAGCGAGCAUCUACUACAAAGUCUGAGAGAGGAGGAGAGGAGCGAGCAUCUA